AUGCACCUCCUUCUCUGGCUUCUUUUACUGCAAAUCUCCCUCUCCUCCUCCUCCCACUACAUCCCUCCGGACAAUUACCUCAUUGACUGUGGCUCCCCCUCCGACUCCACCGUGGAUGGCCGCUCCUUCUUCGCCGAUCCCCACCGCACGACCGUCACCGUUCGGCCUCCGAGCUCCAAGAUCUUCGCCAGGAACCAACGCCCAUCUUCCGAUUUGCCUCAGAUCUACCACACGGCGAGAAUUUUCACUUACCCAUCUUCCUACGCGUUCGAGAUACGGAGGAAGGGUACCCACAUGGUCCGCCUUCACUUCUUCCCCUUCGAAGGCGACUACAAUCUAUCUUCUGCAGUUUUCAGCGUCCACGCGCUGGGGUUCUCGCUUCUGAACGAAUUCUCCGUCGCCGCUCGCUCGUUGGUCGUCAAGGAGUACUUGGUUGAUGUGAAGUCCGAUCGGUUAGUCCUAUGUUUCGUUCCUUCAAUGGGAUCUUAUCUAGCUUUUGUGAAUGCCAUAGAAGUCGUCUCAAUGCCUGAUUCUCUCGUUCCUGAGAUUGUUCACAUGGAUGGAAGACUUAACUAUGACAAUUUCUUAUCGAACCAAGCUUUGGAAAUUGUCCAUAGGAUCAAUAUGGGGGGUCCCAAAAUCACGCCUUUGAAUGAUUCUCUCUGUAGAACAUGGAUUCCUGAUGAUGGUUAUCUGAAAACGGUGUCUUCUGCAGAAUCAAAAUAUUUCGGAGGACCAAUCGUUUACCACAUGACUCUGUCUAACGAGAUUGCACCUGGUCGAGUCUAUCGUUCUGCUCAAGUUCUAAGAGCAAAUGAAGGGUCUAAUAUUACUUGGGUGUUCCCUGUGGAUUUGGGGUACAAGUACUUCGUGAGGUUCCAUUUCUGUGACAUUGUGAGUUUGGCACUCAACCAACUCCAUUUCAAUGUUUAUAUCAAUGGAUGGUGUGCUUAUAAGGAGCUUGAUCUCUCCAACGUAACCAAUGGUUUUCUAGCUUAUCCAUUUUACUCAGAUUUCAUAGUUGAGCCGAAUGCUCGGAAGGAAUUGAGAAUCAGUGUAGGUGCUUUGGAUGGGAAUAUGGUGGAAAAGAACGCUUUGCUGAAUGGUUUGGAGAUAUGGAAGCUGAAUAAUUCGAUGGCUAGUCUGGACGGCGAACCAUCUUCUAGUUUUACGGCAAUGGAUGGAUCGGGAAUGAAGAUGGGUGCUGCGAUUGAGUUUUUUGGUGCCAUUGUGUUGAUUAUGUUGGCAAUCUUUCCUUUGGUGGUGAUCUUGGUGAAGAGGAUGAAAGCUAGGCGCCAAAUUGGAUGGACACGAUUAGCUAUUGAUGGAGAGAAAGUAUGA